AUGGUUGGACACCUACAAGUUUUUGUCCUCUCAGACUGGCUCUUAACGAACCAACCCAUUGAAUAUUCUGAGACAACAAAAGGUCUGAGGUGGCUUAUACCACGUCAAAAGCUUCCUUGGAGAAAGAAUAAUGAUUCAGUGUGGCCUAACCAUGUCUAUUUGGCUGAAGAACAAGCCUCAAAGCAAUUUAGAUACCAGCCAAUUGAAUGUUCUCAUGAAAGAUCUUAUCAUCAUCUAACUGGCUUAAGUCUGACCAAGUCGUACCCACAACAUGAACCACUUUUUCCACCUGAAAUUGACCCAAAGUUUGGCGGGCUGUUUGGACGGCACAACAUAAGCAUGAAAAAUACUCCUUAUGGCCUACUUCUUAAUUCCAGUGAAUACUUCACUUAUUUCUUGAGAGGAGAGCCAUUGUCUGCUAGCAGUGUUGUCAAGAAACUGGAGAACUAUAAGGGGUGGCAAGAUUUGGGGAUGAACUUGUUCUGGCUUGGUGUUGGAUGCGGUAGCUUACUUAUAAUCCAUUUUCUGACAUUACUUUUCCUAAGAUGGAGGAUAGGAACUCCAGCUCAUGGAAUGAUUUCAGUUCCGAGGUUUGCGCUCUUUCUUCUAAUUCUCAUGCUACCUUGUAUCUGCCAGUCUUCAGCAUUUGUAAUAAGAGGUGGUACCACAGGGGGAAUAAUCACAGGGGCUUUACUGCUAGCCAUCCCAGCAGCACUUAUUCUAUCAGUCUGCCUUUUUCUUGUUAUUGCCAUCUUUUUUGGAAGUUUUGCACAGUACAAAGAAAUCAGAUAUGUAGCUCUAAAGGAGCCGUGGUAUAAAAAGCUAUGGUUUUUCUUUACAGGAAGGCCUGCUAUUGGAAAAUGGUUUUACAGGGAAGGGCUGCCUUCCUCUUUCUUCCCACUCUUUGGGGUUCUCUUCGAGAAUCGAAAAGGCCCUCCAUUAUUUGUCUUUGUCAAUGAGAAUGAUCCAAACACCAUACCUAACUGGACAGAAAGCAACCAAAGUGGGAUUGGGAGAAUGAGAGCUAUCAGCUCAGAUGAUAGCAAUGAAGAUAUCAGAAUUCCUACGUCCGGGAGGUUACUGGGGUGUGCUAAAUCUUCCUAUAUUGUUCUUGAUCUUUUAAGAAGAAUCAGUAUGGGGGUAAUAUGUGGAGCUUACCCUUCGAAUAAAUUAAGCCAAACCCUAUUUGCUUUGACAAUCACACUGAUACAAUUUAUGUGUUUAUUUACUCUCAAACCAUACAUCCGAAGAGGAGUCCAAGUAGUGGAAUGCAUUUCUCUGUUGUGUGAGGUAGGCGUUUUUGGUCUAAGUGUCAGAUUGAAUGGCUCAAAUCCAACUGAAGCAAAAACUCUUGGAUUAUUAAUGCUAGGCCUACUCUUCCUCACUUUUGUUGCUCAACUUAUAAAUGAGUGGUAUGCUAUAAUAAAAAGCAUUCUAAGACUUGCUCAGCCCCAAAAAAAUUCUUUCAGGCUUGGACUGAAGUUUGCUGUUAAGGGCCUUGUGCUGCCUUUCCUCCCAAGGAAGUAUUGGUCAAGAGUCAUCCCUGGUUCCUCAAAACCAAUAACAGGCCUAGCUUCAGUCCCUCCUCAAAGUCCCGAAACUGAAUAUGUUAGAAGAAAUACUAGAGGACCCAGUACCGACCCCUUUAGUGCCAUGACUGCAACAGUAGUCCCUGUGCUCAGUCCUGGCUCACCGGGCCUUAAUGUUAUUCAAACAACUGGUUUCACUCCUGGGGACACAAGCAUUAUGCAGCAAAGAGUUGCAGAAGGUAAGCGGGCAAAGGGACUGAAAAUAGAGUCCAAGAAUGAGAUGAAGAAGCUAAGGGAGUUGGCAAAAGCUAGUUUCUGUGGAGAUUCUACAGGCGAGGGAGCUAGUACUAGCUAUGCAUUUAGGCUGCAAUCUCACUCUCCUGAAACCCUUUUAGAUAACCCUGAAGCUUCCACUUCCAAAUUCAGAAGAUAGUGUUUUAAACGACAGGGCUAUGGAAAAGGGUGUUGAGAUUCAACUUCACCAAGCAGUUAACAUCAUUCUUGUUUCUCAUAGACUUGUAGCAUGACUUUGUACAAUUAAUACAAUGUUUAAAGUGAAUUAUCUGCACUUGU